CUGAGAGUGCUGCAGCCGCUUUGGAGCGACAGCGUGAGUUGUGUCUACGAGUAAAUUUUAAUUCCCUACAGUACUCUUACCCUUACUUUUCAAUAUCGUCAACAUUCAAAGCAUCAAAGAAAUUUUUAAAUAUCUCCAAUUGUUCUAUCAAAAGUUUUAAAAAUUCCAAAAUCUAAAAAUCGUUGAUAUUUAGAUCAGAAAUCAAUUGCUGGGACUGUGAGCGUCUAAUCUAGUGCCUACAUGAGCCAAAGCGAGAAAGAAUAAAGGAGAGAAAGAGAUGACAUGAGAGAAGAAUGUUGAAGUUGUAAAAAAAUCACAGCACUCAGUAAAGAUAGCACUUGGUACACUGAUAAAUGGAGCCGAUGUAUUGAGAAGUUAUUUCACUCGGAGAAAUGCAUCAACAUUAAAAUAAAAAUGCAUUUAAUACGACUGAGUUCAGCAACUUUUUUGUUGAUAACUGUGUUCAUUUUAGGUUUUGUAAGUAGUCAAUAUACAAAAGAAUAUGAAAGACCUUUAAGAGGAUCAGUACAACGAGGAGACAUCUCAUCAUUGGAUGGAAUUGCAUAUCAUGGGCCCAUAUAUGUUUUCUCAAGGCCUGGAGGACCUUAUGCCAAGAGACGACAUCCCUGUGAGAAAAGUUCCUGCUAUCCUGCUACAGGAAAUCUCUUGAUUGGAAGAAAAGAUAGACUCUCAGCAUCAUCAACAUGUGGAUUACAUGGUCCAGAAAGAUACUGCAUUGUACAUCAUUUAAAAGAAAAGAAAAAGUGCUUCUUCUGUGAUGCAUCAAAUCCUAAACAGCAGCACAACAUUACCAACAUCGUCGGUGGGUCUUCUCAAACUAGAAGAACUUGGUGGCAAGCAGAAAAUGGAAUUGAAAAUGUGGUAGUAACAUUUGAUAUGGAAGCUGAGUUUCACUUAACUCAUUUAAUCAUCAGAUUCCAAACAUUCCGACCAGCGGCAAUGUUAAUUGAAAGAUCCCAUGACUUUGGAAAAACUUGGCAGGUUUAUAGAUACUUUGCUCACAAUUGUGAACAAUCAUUUCCAGGUGUACCAACGCAUCCACCUCAAAAACUUACUGAUGUUAUCUGUGAAUCCCGGUAUUCAUCUGUAUCACCAUCGUCAGGAGGAGAAAUUAUUUUCCGAGUUCUUCCACCUAAUCUUCAAUCAGUUAUCGACAAUCCUUACUCUAAAGAAGUUCAAAAUUUGAUGAAAAUGACAAAUCUUCGAAUAAACUUUACUAAACUUCAUACUUUGGGAGAUGAUUUGUUGGAUGAUAGACCUGAAAUCAGAGAAAAAUAUUACUACGCUGUCCAAGACAUGGUAAUUCGUGGGUCUUGUUCAUGCUAUGGUCAUGCCUCAGCUUGUCUAGAGCUUCCAGGUAUUGCUAAUGAAGAGGAAAUGGUUCAUGGAAGAUGUGAAUGUACUCAUAACACCAAAGGACUGAAUUGUGAAAUGUGUCAAGAUCUAUUUAAUGAUGGACCAUGGAAACCUGCUGUAGGAAAGCAGAGCAACGCUUGUAGACCUUGUAAUUGUAAUAAUCACGCUUCUUCUUGUCAUUUUGAUGAAGCUGUUUACGAGAGAUCUGGAAGAAUAUCUGGAGGAGUUUGUGAUGAUUGUCAGCAUAAUACAAGGGGUCAAAACUGUGAACAAUGUAAACCUUUUUUUUACCACGAUGUAAAUAGAAAUAUUUCUGACCCUGAAGCCUGUCAGCCGUGCGAUUGUGAUCCUAAUGGGUCACUUGAUGACGGUAUUUGUGAUUCACGAACUGAUCCUUUAACUGGAGAAGAAUCGGGACGUUGUCACUGUAAAGCUAACGUUGAAGGUCGGCGAUGUGAUAGAUGUAAAAAUGGCUUUUGGAACUUUGAUCCAGAAAAUCCAGAAGGAUGUCAGGCAUGUACUUGUAAUCUUCUUGGAACUAUUGAUAAUCAAGGGUGUAAUCAGCUCACAGGAGAGUGUACUUGUAAACGUUAUGUAACAGCACGUGAUUGUAAUCAAUGUUUGCCUGAAUAUUGGGGUCUUUCGGAUGAUCAUGAUGGAUGUAAGCCUUGUGAUUGUAAUCCUGGUGGAUCUUAUGAAUCAACCUGUGAUGUCGUUACGGGUCAAUGUAGAUGUCGACCUCAUGUUAGUGGAAGAACUUGUGAUCAACCGGAACAAAGUUACUAUACAGGUUCCUUGGACUUUUUAGUAUAUGAAGGAGAAUUGGCUAAAGCUUCUGACAAUUGUCAAGUAGUCAUUCGAGAGCCUUAUAGAGAUGGACGUAAUAAUACUUGGACAGGAACAGGAUUCAUGAAAGCAUUAGAAGGUUCCACAAUGAAUUUUACAAUUAAUGACAUCAGGAAAUCAAUGUGGUAUGAUAUUAUUGUACGAUAUGAACCUGUACAUCCUGGUGUGUGGGAACACGUUGAAAUCUUCAUCGAAAGAGACGGUCCUGUAGAUCCUGAUGGUCCUUGUGCUGAUUGGAGAAUAGAUGAUGAUCAUUUAUGGGUUCAAUUGCCGGAUAAUUCUCGCAGUGCUGUAAUGACACCUGCUGUCUGUUUGGAAGCCGGAAAAGUUUAUAAAGUUUUGUUGACUUUUAGAAAAUUUGAUCCUAAAGGCGAUCCAGUUCCAAGUGCUGCUAUUUUGAUUGACUCGAUUGUUUUAAGACCUAGAAUUGAAUCAAUUCCUUUCUUCAGCGGCUCAGGACCAGGAGAAUUAAGGCGUCAAGAAUAUGAAAGAUAUCGUUGUAGUGAUAUGUUUAACAGCGUUACACCAUAUACUCGUGAUGAGAAUGAUAUCUGUGCUAAAUAUCAUAAUAGUAUUGGUUUAUGGGUUUUUGAUGGAGCUCAUGCAUGUGAAUGUAAUCCAACUGGAUCACAUAGUUUACUUUGCCAGAAUUAUGGUGGUGUUUGUCCUUGCAAAACUAACGUUGAAGGAAGACGUUGCGAUCGGUGUGCUGCUGGUACCUAUGGUUUUGGACCUAAUGGAUGUACUCCUUGUGAUUGUGAUGCUGUUGGAGCUUUAGAUAAUUUGUGCGAUGUUAAUACUGGUAGAUGUAAAUGUCGACCCAAUACCUACGGAAAAACUUGUGGUCAAUGUGAUCCAGGCUUUUGGAAUUUCCCGCACUGCCAACGAUGCGAGUGUAAUGGGCAUGCUGAUAGUUGUGAUUCACGAACUGGAGCUUGUAUCAACUGUCGAGAUUACACUACUGGUCAUACUUGUGAUAGAUGUAUUGAUACUUUCUACGGUGAUCCAAGAAUCGGAGUUGAUAUUCCUUGCAGAGCGUGUCCCUGUCCAGGAACAAUUGAUUCUGGUCACUCUUAUGCCGAAAGUUGUUCUCUUGAUCCAGUAACUCAUGAUGUAAUCUGUGAAUGCUUUGAAGGAUAUAUAGGAGCGAGAUGUGAAAAUUGUGCUGAAAAUUAUUAUGGAAAUCCUGAAGAUCCAAAUGGCAAAUGUCAAGCUUGUGAUUGCAGCAAUAAUACUGACUUAGCUCGUCCAGGAAAUUGUGAUCCACAAACUGGACGUUGUCUUCAAUGUCUCUAUGAUACAGAUGGACCCAAUUGUCAGUAUUGUAAACCCGGAUAUUAUGGUAAUGCUCUAGAGAAAAAUUGUCAAGAUUGUCAGUGUAAUGUACUGGGUACUGAUCCAACUGCUGGACCAUGUGAUCAUAGAACUGGUCAAUGUCCUUGCUUGCCUCAUGUUGUCGGUAAACUUUGCGAUGCUUGUGAAGAAAACCAUUGGCGUAUAGCAAGUGGACAAGGAUGUGAUCCUUGUGAAUGUGAUGCUGUUGGAAGUAUCUCUGACAGUUGUAACCCAUAUGAUGGAACAUGUGAAUGUAAACCAGGAUUUGGAGGUCGUAGAUGUAAUGAAUGUCAAACAAACUUCUGGGGAAAUCCAAAUGUCCAAUGCUAUCCUUGUGAUUGUGAUGUUAUUGGCUCAUCUAGCUCCCAAUGCGAUAGAGACACAGGUUAUUGUAUUUGUCAUAAAGGAAUUGGUGGAGAGAAAUGUGAUCAAUGUGACCGUAGUUACAUUGGUACUGCACCAGAUUGUAGACCUUGUGGAGAAUGUUUCGAUAAUUGGGAUCUAAUUCUCAGUGGUCUGAAGAAUACAACAUAUUCAGUUAUUCAAGAAGCUUCAAGGAUUCAAAAAGUAGGUACAACUGGUGUUUACAGUCAACAAUUUGAUGCAAUGUUAGAGUCACUUGAUCAAGUCCGCAAUUUAAUUGAUAAAACUACAGUAAAAACUCAAGACCUUGAUGUACUUGAAAAGUUGACAUUGGAGUUGUCUAAAAAUAUUUCUUUAUCAACAAAGACUUUAGAAGAAAUUGAAAAUCAAUUGGAAAAUGUCGGACAACGAGUAAAUUUAGGUGAUGUAGCUCUGAAAAAAUUGAAGAAUCGAACAAAUAAUCUCCAUCAUGGAGCAGCACUGCUCAAAGAGGAUGCCAUGAGGCUUCAAGAAGCUAAUGUUCAAGGUGCUCUAAAUGUAACUCAUCUCAUGGCAGAUCAGUCACGUCAAGCAGAAAAAAUGGCUAAUGAAACAACAAGUGUAUUGGCAGAUGCUGAAAGAUACAGAAAAAAUACUGAAAGUUUAUUAGCAAAAAAUAGUGGAACAGUCAUUGAAGCACAAGAACGCAGUCAAAGCUCUAUUGCGAAACUUAAUGAUAAACUUAAUAAAUUAGAAACAGACAUUCCACGAUUAAAUCUUGAUAUGUGUGGUGAUAAUGUCACGGAAUGUAGUAAUAUCUGUGGUGGAGCUGGUUGCGGAAAUUGUGGUGGAAUUUCCUGUGAUGCUGGAGCCAUAACUAAAGCGAAUCAAGCAUUGGAUGUUGCCACCAAACAAGCAGAAAAAAUAAAAAGCCAUAAAGAUGCAACUGAGCAAUUAGUACGCAAGAUGCUAAACGUUAAACAAGAUGCAGUUACAGCAAGAUCCAAUGCUCAAGAUGCUUUUAAUUUUGCUCUAGAUGCAAGGAAUAAAUCAGAUCGAAUAGUUAAAUCUUUGACUGAUAUCAAUGAAAAAAUUUGGAUGGUUUUGAACGAUGAACAACCAACACCAACAAUGGUCAGAGAUUUAGCUGAGGAAGUUUUUGAAAAAAAUAUUCAUCUGAGACCUGAUGAAAUAGAAAGCUUAGCAGAUAAGAUCGAUAACAUUGUUGGAUCCUUAACUGAUUCUGACAGAAUAUUACAGGAUACUGCUGCAGAUUUACGAAUGGCUGAACAACUUGCAGAAAGGGCACAGGCCAUUAAAGAAGCUGCUGUUCGUAAACAAACUCAAGCCGAAAAGGUGGUGAGCUUAUUGACUGAUACCCAACAAGCACAAGUUAUAGCACAAUCUGCAAUAGAAAAAGCAGAAGUAGACAUAGCAGGUUCACAAAAAGAUCUUGAAGUUGUUUCAGGAAUAACAAAAGACGCAAGAAAAAGAGCAGGCAACACUACAGCAGCAGUAGAAGCAUUAGAAGCACGUUUAAAACAACUUCAAACUCAAUCAGUGCGUAAUGAUUUUGUUUUAAAUCAAGAAAUUCGAAAAGAGCUCCGUACUCUGGCUAAUGACGCCAAAGACGUUCGAGAGAAAACAGACAAACUUGGAAUUGAGUACAAAAAAGCGGGUGAUUCUCUAACUUAUCGAGUAACUAAAAGUAAAGGCGACAUCCAAAGAGCAAAGAGGCUUUUGCAAAGAGCUUCUGAACUUACUGCCGACACAACGACCAAGUUUAAGGAUUUAGAUGGAAUGGAGAGCGUUUAUAGAGACAAUGACAGGCUUCUUGGAGACUUAAUGACUGAAGUUGAUUCCUUGACGGUAGAAAUGGAGCGACAAUUGGCAGAAAUUGAACAAAAAGCACAAACCUACCGACAAUGCUCCACUUAAAAAUUUAUUUAAAAGCAAUAUUAAAUAUGUAGACACUUGAGGGAUUAUCAUUCGUGCAUGUGCCAUAAACUCAGUGUCAUAUCACUCGUCAAUUGAUAACAGUGGUUCAUCAAUCCAAGCAUUUAACGCAGUUAGCGUCUGUAAAUACACACACAUUAUAGUUCUAAUCGAGUUUUAUUUUACAAACAAAUAAUCUUUUUUAUUAUCUAAAUAGAGAGAGAGAGAGAACGUAGUUUACUUCUUUUAUGCCAAUUAGUUGGGCAGGAUGUUUCUUUACUUAAUUAAUUAAGAAAUGUAAGGAACGUUUACUUAAUAUUUUUUUAAUAUAAAUUUUUUCAAAUAAUUAUAAUUACAUUAAAAUUGCAAUUAAUUAUGGUUAAAACCAAAUU